UUUGGGAGAAAUCUAUACGACAGAUUGGAUUUGAGAGUGUUAUAGGUGCAGAUUUCGGGAAUGGCAUCCGGGUGUUUCUGCCAGACAUUGGCAUGUUCAUGGCAGGCCUGGGUAUCUGGCUGCUGUGCCAGAAUCUGCAAAAGAAGAGAACAGUGGAGGAAAUGGCACAGUACAACCAGGACUUUGAUUCAAAAGAACUGGAGGACAUCGACGAGAAGAGAAUCCUUGAUGAUGAAGAGGGUGACGAAAUGCUGUACGAUGAAGACUUCGAUGCUGAAGAUGAAGCGGAAGAUGAAGACGAUGGUCCGCUAGAUGAAGAACAAGAGGAGGAAGAAGAGGAGGAGGAGGAGGAGGAGGAGGUGAAGGAGAGCACUAAGAUGAAGGUCCUGCGCAUAGUUGCGGGAGUGGCUUCGAAAGUGAAAGAUAUCAUUGGUAAUCUUAUCACUACAGCAGGGAAGGUGGUGGUGACUAUACUGCUGGGUCUGACAGGCAUGAUGUUGCCCUCUCUGACCUCAGCCGUUUACUUCUUCAUCUUCCUUGCUCUGUGCACAUGGUGGUCCUUCUGCCAGACCUUUGACACACUCCUCUUCAGUUGCCUGUGUGUGUUGAUUGCCAUCUUUUCUGCUGGUCACCUCAUCGUUCUCUACCUCUACCAGUUUCAGUUCCUCCAGGACAGCAUCCCACCUGACGACAGCUACAUCAGAUUGUUUGGCAUUUCUCCUAUAAUCAGGACAGACUGCUCAUCUACAUGGAAGCUAAUUGUCUAUCCUGGUCUCAGUUGGCAUCAUUUUGUCAAUCCCAUCAUGCUCCUGGUGCUAUACUACACCCUGGCCACACUGAUUCGCCUUUGGCUGCAAGAUCCAAUGCUCACGGUUAAGGAGAAUGAGGAAAAGGAGGUGAUUGAAGAAAAUGAGCCUCCCACAGCAGAAAAAAGGAGGCAACUAUGGUGGACUACACGAAAGAAGACUGAAGAAAAGAAUGCAGUGUUGGUGAACUCCAACGGGACGUCUUUUGGUUAUGUCCCCACCCUAAAUGCAGAGAAUGGACCAGUUAGCUUGGACCUCUUCUCCAUCCCUAAGUAUAAGGUGGACCAAUCCAAUAAUAUUGAGGAUCAAAAGGACGGAGAGGUGUAUGAGGUGGUGGAGAUGCCGCCGGAAGAGGAAGAGGACUUAAAAGAUGGCGAUGAGGAUGAGCAGAGCGCGGUUCCCGCUGGCCUUGUCAAAGUCUUUCGUUUCAUUAUGAAGCAGAGUUACGUCUGCGCUCUCAUCGCCAUGAUGGCCUGGAGCAUUACUUAUGUGAGCUGGCUGACAUUUGUCUUCCUCAUGUGGUCUUGCACUUUGUGGAUGGUGCGAGACAGGAGAAAGUAUGCCAUGCUCACUUCACCCUUUAUGGUGGCUUAUGGAAACCUAGUAAUUGUGCUGCAGUACAUCUGGAGCUUUGAGUCCCUGAGUUCUGUCCCCGGCCUGUUCCUCAAGCCUGUUGAUCCCUUCACUGAACUCUGCUCCAAGGUGCUGUUCUUGCUGAGCUUCUGGUUGCUUUUGCAUCAGACACUGACUGAACGUCAGGACAAACUAAAAGAGGAAGCAACGCUUUCUGAAGUUUCAGUCGACUCAGAGAAAAAGGAGGUAGAGAAGCCAGAGGAAGAGGACGGUGGUGAGAAUGACCUGAUGCAGAUGAUAGGAAAACUGGUCAUGGCCAUGCUGGUGAAGUACUGGAUCUACGUUUGUGGUGGCAUGUUCUUCUUUGUGAGCUUCGAGGGACGCAUCGUCAUGUACAAGAUCAUCUACAUGAUGCUGUUCCUCUUCUGUGUGGCCCUUUAUCAGGUGCACUAUGAGUACUGGAGAAGGAUUUUAAAAUAUUUCUGGAUGUCAGUGGUGGUGUACACCAUGUUGGUACUGACCCUCAUCUACACGUGCCAGUUUGACAACUCCAUCAACGUCUGGUCCGACAUGACAGGCAUGAAUGAGGAAAAACUGAAGGAUCUGGGUCUGGAGAGGUUUUCUGUAGGUAUCCUCUUCACACGCAUCUUCAUCCCUACUUCCUUUCUACUAGUCUGCAUCCUUCAUCUGCAUUACUUCCAUGAGCGCUUUCUUGAGCUCACUGACCUCAAGGCUGUGGCUGCCAAACAGGACAAUGCCAUCUACAGACUCGCCCAUCCAGAUGGGAGCUUGGCAGAUCUCACAAUGAUGAGCUCUUCUCCUGAUUCGUUGGUGGACAAGGAGAAAGAGAUGUUGGUGGUGGAGAGCAUAGCGGAGGAGAAAAAAAAGGAGGAGGACUCCAUCCAUGGUGAGAGUCAACACUGCAGUGUGACUACAGAUCCAGAAAUGCCAUCAGAAGAGAGCUCAGAUCUGAAAAAUAAGUGGCACCUGGUGAUGGACCGUCUAACUGUGCUGUUCCUGAAGUUUCUGGAGUACUUCCAUAAACUGCAGCUUUUCAUCUGGUGGCUUCUAGAGAUCCAUGUCAUCAAGAUAGUGUCUUCAUACAUCAUCCUGGUGUCUGUUACUGAGGUGUCUCUGAUGAACUGGGUGUUCCUGGCUUCAUGGGCCUUCGCUCUUCCCUAUGGCCAGUUCCGAAAUUUGUCCUCCAGCAUCUGCACUGUAUGGACUUGUGUUAUCAUCAUCUGCAAAAUGUUGUACCAGCUAGAGUCAAUAACCCCAGAAACAUACUCAAGUAAUUGUACAAUGCCUAUAAAUUACACACAAGAUCAGCGGAAGUACAUGGAGAGCUCUUUGCUGUACGAGAAGCCAGUGGACCCUGCAAACUGGGUUGGACUGGUGAAGUUCCAGUCUCUUUUGCCAAAUCUACGGAAUAAUUUGCUGAUGUUGGCGAUCUUGGCAUUUGAGGUAACCAUCUACAGGCAUCAGGAGUUUUUCCGGCUACGGAACAAGCUCUCUCCUCCUCCUUUUAGAACAAUUUUCCAUGAAAUUACUCGUCAACACCUUGAUAACGGCAUCAUCAGCUGUGCCAAAUACUUCAUCAACUACUUCUUCUACAAGUUUGGGGUAGAGGUAUGUUUCCUUUUGGCGGUGAAUGUUAUUGGCCAGCGCAUGGACUUCUACUCUAUGCUGCAUGCCUUUGCUCUGGCAGCAGUGAUGUACCGGCGCAGGAGAAAGGCCAUUGCUGAGAUCUGGCCUAAAUAUUGCUGUUUCCUGGCCUGCAUGAUCACCUUUCAGUAUUUUGUCUGUAUAGGCAUCCCUCCAGCAGCAUGUAAAGACUACCCUUGGAGAUUCCCUAACUCUUCAGCAGAUUCCAAUGUCAUUAAGUGGCUCUACCUGCCUGAUUUUCGCACAAAACCAAACCCCAAGUUCCUCAUCUAUGACUUUAUGUUGCUGCUGAGUGCGUCGUUGCAGCGACAGGUGUUUGAUGAGGAGAAUAAAGCAGCAGUCCGUCUGAUGGCUGGAGAAAACGUAGAGAUCUGCCGAGAUCUGGAUGCUGCCUCGUUUAGCGUACACAACCCCGUCCCAGACUUUAUACACUGCAGGUCAUAUUUGGACAUGCUGAAGGUGAUCAUUUUCAGCUACCUGUUCUGGUUUGUCUUGACCAUCAUCUUCAUCACGGGUACAACACGCAUCAGUAUUUUCUGCAUGGGCUACCUGGUGGCGUGUUUCUACUUCCUGCUGUUCGGCGGGGAGCUGCUGCUCAAACCCAUCAAAAAGAUCUUGCACUUCUGGGACUUCCUGAUAGCCUACAAUGUCUUCGUUAUCACCAUGAAGAACGUCUUCUCUAUUCUUGCCUGUGGCUACAUCAACAAGUUGAAGGUGAACUGCUGCUGGCUGAUCCAGCUGCUGAGUCUGGCCUGCACCAUCAAUGACUAUGAGGACCUGCCAGUCUCUAGUGCUGUCUGUGACUUGCCUAAGGAUGAAGCAGGAAUCAUCUGGGACAGCAUCUGUUUCAGCUUCCUGUUGCUACAGAGACGUGUCUUCAUGAGCUACUACUUCCUGCAUGUUGUAGCUGAUAUACGCGCUGGACAGAUUCUGGCUUCUAGAGGAGCAGAGCUGUUCCAAGCAUCUAUAGUAAAGGCAGUGAGAGCUCGACUGGAGGAGGAGAAUAAAUCUAUGGAGCAGCUCAAGAGACAGAUGGACCACAUUAAGACCCGGCAGCAGAAGUUUAAGAAGGGGAAGGAAAAGAUGCUGAGUCUGACCCAGGAGUCUAUAGACAACCAGACCUUAAUUCCACCUGAUGCUGGUGAAGACGAUGAUGACGAUGGAGCAGAGAAAGAGAAAGCCAAGGCCAAAAAAAAGCAGUGGUGGAGGCCUUGGGUUGACCAUGCUUCCAUGGUGAGGAGUGGUGAUUAUUACCUGUUUGAGACUGACAGCGAAGAGGAGGAGGAGGAAGAAGAGAAAAAAGAUGAUGAACCUCCCAAGAAAUCAGCAUUCCAGCGAGCAAUCGGAAAGUUUGCCUCUGCCGUCGUGGCUUUGCCCAGGUCUAUACUAAAACUGCCCAAAACUAUCCUUCAAUAUCUUAUCAGGGCAGGCAAGUUUGUGUAUCAGGCAUGGGUCACAGACUCCAAAACAGCUCUUAAGGAGCGGGUUAAGGCGCGGCGCCAUUUCUGGAAAAGAUACGGAAGAGGGCGUAAACAAAAGAAAGACAAGGAGGAAGGUCAGGUUGCAAUUGAAAUAGGAGAUGAUGAACAACAGAGCUCAGAAGAGGAGAAGAAGGAAGGACCAGACAACAUUAUUAAAAGGGUUUUCAACAUCAUCAAGUUUACCUGGGUGCUGUUCCUGACCACUCUGGAGAGCCUGACUGUGUGGAUCAACAGCAUCUGUAAAGAAUACAUCGACAUUUCCACCGUACUGCGCAUUGAACGCUGUAUGCUUACCAGAGAGGUCAAAAAGGGCAAUGUUCCAUCACGAGAGAGCAUUCACGUGUACUACCAGAAGCAGAUGCGUCUGAACGUUUCACGUGAGUCCGGAUUAGAUCGGAUCAGCGAGGAAGACUCGGUCUCGUUCUCUCAGAAACCCAGACGCAGACGCAGAGGAUAUACGUUAGAGAGUCAGGACUCUGUGGCAUCCCGAGACAGCAUGUCCAGUGCAUACACAGAGGCCACCAUGCUCUUCUCCCGCCAGUCCACGCUGGACGAUCUAGACGAUGUUCCUCAACAUGUGCCCAAAACCAGCGAACGUGCUCGGCCCAAGCUACGCAAAAUGUACAGCAUGGACAUGUCCAACUCCUCUGCAGAAAGUGGCAGCAGCAACAUCUCCAGCGAGGCCACUCAGUGCGUCACAUUAUUUUCACGGCAAGGUACCAACGACACCAUUGACGAGGUGGAGGACGAGCAAGACCAAAUACAUCACCAUAAAGAAACAACUGAACAGGUUGAGAAAGCUGAGACAGGCACCUGGAGCUCAGUUGAGCCUGAAUCGGAGCAGGAACAUGGAGAACAAAUGGAGCUUGAAGAAGAAAACCCCGAAGAAAGCGAAUGGACAAGUGAAGAUCUGGAAGAUGAGGAGCAGGACAGGCUGGAGGAUGAUUGUGAAUCUCAAAGCCCCAGAAGGGAGGAGGUUGAAUCUUCAGAACCAGAGCUUGUGCCAGCAGAGAGGGAAUGUGGGCAGCUUUUCACCCCAGAUAUAGAUGUCCCUACCACGUCAGAUGCAGAUGUCCCACCCAGCUAUAGCAAAGCAGUAAGCUUCGAUCGCCUCUCAGUUGACUCACAGGAGAGUGAUGAAGAAAAGCAGCUCAUGCUGAUGACCUCAGACAGCAGAUCAGACUUGCUGUCAGACGAUGGACUGCUGCCUUCACAAACCACCGAGCUCACGGCUAGCGAGCUGCUGCUCAACAAAAUGUUUUAUGACGAGGAGCUGGAUGGCUCUGAGCGCUUCUACAAGUCCCAGCCGCUGGGCCUGCUGCUAUGUUAUGCCCUGUACAACCUAUUAGUGGCUCACUCAGAGAUGGUUUGCUACCUGGUCAUCAUCCUCAACCACAUGAUUUCGGCCUCCAUGGCCACACUGGUGCUACCCAUCCUCAUCUUCCUGUGGGCCAUGCUGUCGGUUCCCCGGCCCAGCAAACGCUUCUGGAUGACUGCCAUCAUUUACACCGAGGUUACCAUCGUCAUCAAAUACUUUUUCCAGUUCAGCUUUUUCCCCUUCAACCAGAACCUGGAAGUGGACAAAAAAAAGCCGUAUCACCCGCCUAACAUCAUUGGCGUGGAGAAAAAAGACGGUUACGUCCACUACGAUCUCAUUCAGCUGCUUGCCCUCUUCUUCCAUCGCUCAAUCCUCAAGUGCCAUGGUCUAUGGGACGAGGAUGACCCCAAAGAGACAAAAAAAGACACCUCUCAACAUCGUGACGAGUCUGAGGAUGAAGACAAAAUGGCAGUGGUGGUUCCAGCAGAGACAAAAAAGAAGAGCUCACCCCCUCGCUCUAUGAAAUUCAACUUGGGAAGUUCGACAGAUUUUGAACAAGCCCAACAAGUGCAAAUGCGCCAACCUGAACAGCGGACAUACCAGCGGCGCAAAAGCUCCAGCGGAGGCUCGUACAUCUCACGGCAUUCGUCCCAACGCUCCAAGAGAGGCAGCACAAGCACGAGGAACAGCAGCCAAAGAGAAAGCAGCGAGGCUGGAGUAGAACCCAAGAGCCGCAAGGAGCUCAUCAUGGAGAAGGCCCGAGAGCAGCUCAUCAAAGCCAAGGUCUUUCUCCUCAAAAAAGGAAGAGAGAUCUAUCUCCCUAUUCGUCAGUUCUUCUAUAACCUCAUUCAUCCUGAGUACAGUGCAGUGACCGACGUCUACGUCCUAAUGUUCCUGGCAGACACAGUUGACUUCAUCAUUAUCGUCUUCGGCUUCUGGGCUUUUGGGAAACACCAGGGAGGAGCAGACAUCACAUCCUCGCUGUCGGAAGAUCAGGUCCCAGGUCCGUUCCUGGUGAUGGUGUUGAUCCAGUUCGGCACCAUGGUCGUAGACCGAGCGUUGUACCUGCGUAAAACCGUCAUGGGCAAAGUGAUUUUCCAGGUCAUCCUGGUGUUCGGUAUCCACUUCUGGAUGUUUUUCAUCCUUCCAGGAAUAACGGAAAGGCGUUUCAGCCAGAACACAGUGGCCCAGUUGUGGUACUUCGUGAAGUGCAUUUACUUCGGUCUGUCAGCCUAUCAGAUCCGCUGCGGUUACCCCACCCGAGUGCUGGGCAACUUUCUGACCAAGAGCUACAACUACGUCAACCUCUUUCUCUUUCAAGGGUUUCGUUUGAUCCCGUUUCUGACCGAGCUGCGUGCCGUGAUGGACUGGGUAUGGACGGACACGACGCUCAGCUUGUCCAGCUGGAUCUGUGUGGAGGACAUUUACGCACACAUCUUUGUGCUCAAGUGCUGGAGGGAGUCUGAAAAGCGUUACCCUCAGCCUCGGGGUCAGAAGAAGAAGAAGGUGGUGAAGUACGGAAUGGGUGGCAUGAUCGUUAUGCUGCUCAUCUGCAUUGUCUGGUUCCCUCUGCUCUUCAUGUCUCUGGUCAAAUCAGUAGCAGGCGUCGUCAACGCACCUCUGGACGUCUCUGUUAGCCUCACACUCGGAGGCUUCGAGCCAAUCUUCACAAUGAGCGCUCAACAGAAGAACCUGAUAAGCAUUACUCCGAAAGACUUCGAGGCCUUCACUAAAGCCUACGGGCACGAUUCAAAGGCGUUGCAGUUUCUCGAAGCCUAUGUCUAUCAGGAUCUCACCAUAGCUCACCUAGAGGGAAGCUCCAACUCGCUGUGGACCAUCAGCCCACCAAGUCGGGAAAACCUGAUCAAAAUAUUGGGCCAGACCAUUCCUUUCCAUUUAACCAUUGCCUGGUCUAUACAGAGGAACCUCACUUUAGGAGCGAAAGCAGAGACUGCAGCAGGCAAACACGUCAUCACCCUCGAGGAUGACACCAAAGAAAACCUCGUGAAACUGUUAAAUAAUGAAACAUCGUCUGUGCUGAUCAAAAGCAUUUUUCCGAGAUACCUGCGGGCGCCCAGUGACUCCAAUGCGAAACCCAUCGAUCAGCUGACUAAAGGUCCAGAUUUUGAAAACAUCACUCUGACUCUUGGACGUGGGAACAGCACUGCAAUAAACGUUCAGGAGUGGUGGAUUGUGAACCAGACCAAGCUUGGCAAAAUCAAGACAAACAUAUCAAAAGUGGACGGAAUAAAUGCUGGACUGAAUUUCUAUAUCUUCAGUGAUCAGGUCAGCCCUCCUAGUCUGGGCUUUCUGGCUGGAUAUGGCAUCAUGGGUCUGUACAUGUCCGUGGUGCUGGUGAUUGGCAAGUUUGUGCGCGAGUUCUUUAGCGGGAUCUCGCACACCAUCAUGUUCGAGGAACUGCCCAAUGUGGACCGCAUCCUUAAACUCUGCACUGACAUCUUCCUCGUCCGAGAAACAGGAGAGCUGGACCUGGAGGAAGACCUCUACUCCAAGCUCAUCUUCCUUUACCGCUCUCCAGAGACCAUGAUCAAAUGGACAAGGGAGAAGAACAAGUGAGGAGGAUGAGUAAAAAGUCAUGGACGAGGACACUCAGUGCAUGAGGAGUUCCCAAUCGACACGGAGAAGCACAAGGCUGGGGUUUUAACGGCUGGAUGACAUGCUGAAAUAGGCAACUAGCUGCAAUUUGCAGUUCUUGAUCUCUCACAUAUACAGUACUUUAUCAGGCGUAGUGUUGGAGAGAUCACUGAUCUGUAGCUAAUUGUACAGUUUUAAGGGCUUUAACAGACAUGACUACUAACCAUCAUGUGUCACCGCAAAAGCAACCCUUCACAGCUGGGAGUGCAUGAGCCCAGAGGGCUGUCCAUCAUGUUGACUGACAGGCCGGUCGUCAAAUCCCUGCGUGAUUAAGAUCAGAGUCUGAGGACUUGAGUUGAUUUCCAACAGACCUUAUUACCAAGUGCUUUAUUUUCUGAGCGGCAAGAGGCAAAGACUUCUGGUUUUGCAGAAGGCUGAAGCGACACACAACAGCAAUCACCCGACAAUCUACACUUGCCUUAUUAAGUUUGUACAAAUAAUUGCAUUUUCAUUCAUUCAAUGUCUUUUCUCAGGAACACAAACCGGUCAUUUCAUCUUGAGAUGUCCUCUUUUGCAUUGCGUAUUAAAGCGUCGGACUGGACAAUAAUUUUAUCUUGUGCUAAUCUGCGAAAUAGAGCACUCUUUAUUGGCGCAAGGGGAAGACGGGAAGGGAAGAAAGACGCAGUAAAAAACGAUUAUGUGAUGCUGAUUAAUGAUUAUAUGUCGUUGGUCGAUGGCUAUGGAGCAUGAAUUUUUUUUAUGAUGUGCAAGUCUUGGGAGAUAUCAUGUUUGUCAGAAAGAUAUAGGCAUAUAUGUGAAGAUAAAGAUAAUGAAUCAUUGCUUGUAUGAAAGACUUAAAGCAAUGCGAAAAUGGAUGCUUUAUUUAAAAAAAAAAAAAGGAGGGGGGUAUACUGGGCUGAUUUGUACAUACAGUAUAUCAGUGGGAGUGUGUAUUUAAGCACAGGAAAGGGCUGUCUGCUUUUUUUUUUUUUUUAUUACAUUUUUUUAAUUAUUUUUUUUCCCCCCCAAGAGGCAGCACUAUGCAGUUUACACUUUUCAAGUGUUCUUCUAAGUACGAUCUCCUUGUCCCGGUGUUCCUGCCACACACCCGGACGCACUAGAAGAACACUGUGGAGAAGAGCAUUAACGAAACCUAAACACCUUCCUCACGUUUCCAAACUAUGCAUUAUUUAAAGCCAUUGUAGCAUGAGAGAAUAAUUACUAUUUAAACAUGAGGUGUUUUCAUUACAUCACAUGUACAUAUGCUUUUACAGGGACAAAGAAAUGUGAAGCUUUAUUAGGUUUGCUGUGUAGCAGAAUGUCAGGAUGGAAAAGAAGAGCUUAAGUAAAGCGAUGACCUUCAAAUAAAGCACAUAU